AAAUGGUAUGACGGUUUCACUCAUUGCAAUUAAAAGAUGUCAACACAUAUCGUGGUGCGCAGUCUAAGAUAAAAUUCGGCUUUAUAAAGUGAAAGAUUCAUCUGCGGAAUGAAUCAACUGAUCCUUCUUCUUGCUGCGAUGACAUUGGCAUGUCAGGUCAAUGGUCAGAUAUCGGGUGAUUUGCGUAUAACUUGGACAACUCAAAACAAUAAAGGACGUUUAGAAAUAUAUCAUGAAGGUGAAUGGGGAACAGUAUGCGAUUAUCAUUUUGAUAAUGUUGAUGCAGCAGUAGCAUGUAGACAGCUCGGAUAUUGUUCAGGAAUCAAGAUUCCACCAAGUCACGUACAUGAUGGUGAAGGCACCAUUUGGUUAAAUCAAUUAGCCUGCACUGGUUCAGAAAGUAAAUUACUGAAUUGUACAUACAAUGCCGAUACAUCAGGCUGUCGUCACAAUUACGAUGUUGGUGUCCAUUGUUUUCUUAGCUGUCAAACAGAAGAUGAAGGUGAUUUACGUUUCAAUUCGAGUUUCGCUGUGAAUAAAGGACGACUGGAAAUAAAUUAUGCAGGUGAAUGGGGAACAGUAUGUGAUUGGAACUUUGAUAAUGUGGACGCAGCAGUAGCAUGUAGACAGAUGGGAUAUUGUUCAGGAAUCAAGAUUCCGUCAAGUCACGUACAAGAUGGUGAAGGCACCAUUUGGUUAAAUCGAUUAGCUUGCACUGGUUCAGAAAGUAAAUUGCUGAAUUGUACAUACAAUGCCGAUACAUCAGGCUGUCGUCACAAUUACGAUGUUGGUGUCCAUUGUUUUCUUAGCUGUCAAACAGAAGAUGAAGGUGAUUUACGUUUCAAUUCGAGUUUCGCUGUGAAUAAAGGACGACUGGAAAUAAAUUAUGCAGGUGAAUGGGGAACAGUAUGUGAUUGGAACUUUGAUAAUGUGGACGCAGCAGUAGCAUGUAGACAGAUGGGAUAUUGUUCAGGAAUCAAGAUUCCGUCAAGUCACGUACAAGAUGGUGAAGGCACCAUUUGGUUAAAUCGAUUAGCUUGCACUGGUUCAGAAAGUAAAUUGCUGAAUUGUACAUACAAUGCCGAUACAUCAGGCUGUCGUCACAAUUACGAUGUUGGUGUCCAUUGUUUUCUUAGCUGUCAAACAGAAGAUGAAGGUGAUUUACGUUUCAAUUCGAGUUUCGCUGUGAAUAAAGGACGACUAGAAAUAAAUUAUGCAGGUGAAUGGGGAACAGUAUGUGAUUGGAACUUUGAUAAUGUUGAUGCAGCAGUAGCAUGUAGACAGAUGGGAUAUUGUUCAGGAAUCAAAAUUCCGUCAAGUCACGUACAAGAUGGUGAAGGCACCAUUUGGUUAAAUCGAUUAGCUUGCACUGGUUCAGAAAGUAAAUUGCUGAAUUGUACAUACAAUGCCGAUACAUCAGGCUGUCGUCACAAUUACGAUGUUGGUGUCCAUUGUUUUCUUAGCUGUCAAACAGAAGAUGAAGGUGAUUUACGUUUCAAUUCGAGUUUCGCGGUGAAUAAAGGACGACUGGAAAUAAAUUAUGCAGGUGAAUGGGGAACAGUAUGUGAUUGGAACUUUGAUAAUGUGGACGCAGCAGUUGCAUGUAGACAGAUGGGAUAUUGUUCAGGAAUCAAGAUUCCGUCAAGUCACGUACAAGAUGGUGAAGGCACCAUUUGGUUAAAUCAAUUAGCUUGCACUGGUUCAGAAAGUAAAUUGCUGAAUUGUACAUACAAUGCCGAUACAUCAGGCUGUCGUCACAAUUACGAUGUUGGUGUCCAUUGUUUUCUUAGCUGUCAAACAGAAGAUGAAGGUGAUUUGCGUUUCAAUUCGAGUUUCGCUGUGAAUAAAGGACGACUGGAAAUAAAUUAUGCAGGUGAAUGGGGAACAGUGUGUGAUUGGAACUUUGAUAAUGUGGACGCAGCAGUAGCAUGUAGACAGAUGGGUUAUUGUUCAGGAAUCAAGAUUCCGUCAAGUCACGUACAAGAUGGUGAAGGCACCAUUUGGUUAAAUCGAUUAGCUUGCACUGGUUCAGAAAGUAAAUUGCUGAAUUGUACAUACAAUGCCGAUACAUCAGGCUGUCGUCACAAUUACGAUGUUGGUGUCCAUUGUUUUCUUAGCUGUCAAACAGAAGAUGAAGGUGAUUUGCGUUUCAAUUCGAGUUUCGCGGUGAAUAAAGGACGACUAGAAAUAAAUUAUGCAGGUGAAUGGGGAACAGUAUGUGAUUGGAACUUUGAUAAUGUGGACGCAGCAGUAGCAUGUAGACAGAUGGGAUAUUGUUCAGGAAUCAAGAUUCCGUCAAGUCACGUACAAGAUGGUGAAGGCACCAUUUGGUUAAAUCAAUUAGCUUGCACUGGUUCAGAAAGUAAAUUGCUGAAUUGUACAUACAAUGCCGAUACAUCAGGCUGUCGUCACAAUUACGAUGUUGGUGUCCAUUGUUUUCUUAGCUGUCAAACAGAAGAUGAAGGUGAUUUGCGUUUCAAUUCGAGUUUCGCUGUGAAUAAAGGACGACUGGAAAUAAAUUAUGCAGGUGAAUGGGGAACAGUGUGUGAUUGGAACUUUGAUAAUGUUGACGCAGCAGUAGCAUGUAGACAGAUGGGUUAUUGUUCAGGAAUCAAGAUUCCGUCAAGUCACGUACAAGAUGGUGAAGGCACCAUUUGGUUAAAUCGAUUAGCUUGCACUGGUUCAGAAAGUAAAUUGCUGAAUUGUACAUACAAUGCCGAUACAUCAGGCUGUCGUCACAAUUACGAUGUUGGUGUCCAUUGUUUUCUUAGCUGUCAAACAGAAGAUGAAGGUGGUUUGCGUAUUGCUUCGGAUAUUGCUGCGAAUUAAGGACGACUGGAAAUUAAUUACAAGGGGGAAUGGGGAACAGUAUGUUAUUGGCACUUUGAUAACGUUGAUGCAGCAGUAGCCUGUCGACAGAUGGGAUAUUGUUCUGGAAUCGUGCUUCCAGCAUAUGCUGUUAGUGAUGGGGAAGGUACCAUUUGGUUAAAUGACGUAAAAUGCUCCGGUUCAGAGAGUGCAUUACUGAAUUGUACAUUCAAUGCUGAUACAUCAGGCUGUC